AAAUAUAGAUCGUAUGGAUGUAAGAUUCUCCACGACUCCUUCCUUUGAUCCCUCCUCACCCUCUCCCUCGCUUCAUAUCCAUCACAACAUCCAAGAGACGAUGGCCCAAGCAGUAAGAGGACAAGACGAUGCAGAAUUUGGACAAGCUCAGCUCAUCCGGGAAGCAACCACUCAGAACGUGAACCCACAACAGGUGCUCGGCCAUGCAACCACCCAUGAUCAGCUGUGUGAUGCCAUGCAUGAGAAUCUGCUGAACACUGAGACUGAAUCGAAGACGGGGAGGACGAUCUCUGACCUGUCUCUGCAAGCGAGGGGAAGGUCUCUGAGCACCCCAAGUUCUGCCAAAUUCUGAGAUAUCCCAUCCAUGACAGAUCGAUCCAGGACUCGCAGCCGGCGUGCAGGAGAUGAUGCUACCUUAGCAGUAUAAACCUACCGACAAAUGUUUUGUAAUCUACCUUCGAUCUUGCAUUGUCACAUUGUGCUCUCGACUGUUGUCAUGAUCAUCAUGAGAUAAAAUCAAUCUGUUUUUGCAGUUCAUAAGUGACAGAAUAAUAAACACGAUGCUUUG